ACAAAUCCACUAUGUCCAGUUAAGCCAGCCCUAACCUCUUUUGAGCUCAAUGAUGCCAUCCAGAUGGCCAAUAAGGGCUUCAUGAUCAGGUCCAGAUCAGGCCCAUUCCCACGGGCCAAAGUGGGCCGGACCACUCUGUGAUGCGUACCAAAAUUCCGCACUUCCUGAGUAACGCAGAAAAAAAAAAAUGAUGAGAAAUUCUGCAAAGUCCCUAAUAAUUACCACCGCUGGACCCUGCCCGGCCGUAGCUAUACCAAUACCAAUACUGCCAUGUUGCUCCCGUGGAUCCAUCCCCAUUUAGCACAGAGUGUGAACCCCAACAAGGGCCGCCAACUGCAGGCAUCGCAACGCAUUCAACGAGGCGAAGUCCUCCUCGUCGAUCCGCCGUACGCAAUUAUCCCAAUCUCCGGCGUAGACACAACCGGUCCCCUCCUUUGCAGCAAUCCCCAAUGCAACAGCCCCGUACAGCAAACCACCGGCACCCGAUGUCCAAAUCGCUGCAACACAGAUGUAAUCUGGUGCAAUGACACCUGUCGCGACGCGGAUAACCCCCGCCAUACCUUCGAGUGCACCUGGCUGAGCAAAUACGCCGCCUCUCUCCGCUCAAAAUGGGGCGAGUAUAACUUUGGCAUGCUCUGGUUGAUCGUCCGCACACUCUCCAGAAGACAUGCCGAACAACAACAACAACAACACGAUAGUAACGAUAACGAUAACAACAAUGGCAAUCACCUACACCUACCCCCCGACUCACCAUUAUCCCACUUCAAAUCCGGCUGGCCCGCCAUCGACUCUCUCUGCGGCACAAUAGACACCUGGUCCCACGCCCAAGUCCGAGAAUGGACAGUCCUCGUCAAGAAAUACCUCAGCAGCUCAUCACUCCCACACACCCUCUCCAACACCGACGUCCUCGCCUUAAUAUGCAAAGAAGAAGCAAACUCAUUCGGCCUCUACCCGCGAGAAACAGGAGUCUUCCCACCUCCCUCUCCCGCAGUUGAUCGGGGAGAACAGUUCGGGGCCGCGGUGUAUCCGCGCGCUUCGAUUGCGAAUCACUCUUGUUGUCCGAAUAUAAUACAUAAACCAGACAAGCACAGCCGCAUGGUCUUCACGGCGGGACGGGAUAUCGCGCCGGGGGAAGAAUGCUGCAUUUCAUAUUUCGAUAUGACUCAGUAUACCACGCUCAGGGAUCGACGGGAACGUCUGCAGAGUCUGUUUCGGUUUAAAUGCGGGUGCUCGCGGUGUUCGGGUCAGGAGGUCGAGGAGGUCGAGGCUGAGGGUGCGGUGCCUGAUGGGAGUGAGGUGCAGUGGGAUGCGUUUCCGGGUUUCGAAUAAGCAUUUACCCUAGUUAUCAGAACUUGUGGGCGAGUCUUGAUAGUUCUGGGCUACCCAUUACGACUGUAAUGAUUUGAUAUAUCUCUCCUGAUGGAGAAAGUGCUACAGCAACUAUGAUUCCGUGACAUGAUUAUAAGCUUCAUUUGUCAUUAAAGCUCUAGAAGUCGCU